UCGCGCGGAGGGGCCGUAGUCCGCCAGCCGACCGGCGGCUGCUGCCCAGGAGCGCGGAUCCGGACGCAGGCAGGCCAUGUGGACCCUGGUGAACUGGGUGGCCUUAGUGGCAGGGCUGGUGGCCGGAACACAGUGCCCAGAUGGUCAGCUCUGCCCUGUGGCCUGCUGCCUGAACUCAGGAGGAGCUGGCUAUAGCUGCUGCAGCCCCCUUCCGGACAGAUGGCCCACAGCUCCGAGCAGGCGUCUGGGCGGACCCUGCCAGCUGGAUGCCCACUGCUCCACCAACCACUCAUGCAUCCUCACCGGCUCAGGGACUUCUAGCUGCUGUCCAUUCCCAGGGGCCGUGGCAUGCGGGGACAGCCUCCACUGCUGCCCACGGGGCUUCCACUGCAGCGCUGACGGGCAGUCCUGCUUCAGAAGCUCAGGUACCAGCCCCCUGGGUGCCAUCCAGUGCCCGGGGAGCCAGUUCGAGUGCCCCAACUCCUCCACGUGCUGUGUUAUGGUUGACGGCUCCUGGGGGUGCUGCCCCAUGCCCCAGGCUUCUUGCUGUGAAGACAGGGUGCACUGCUGUCCUCAUGGUGCCUCCUGCGACCUGGUUCAUACCCGCUGCAUCACGCCCACGGGCACCCAGCCUCUGGCAAAGAAGGUCCCAGCGCGGAGGACUAACAGGCCAGUGGCUUUGUCCACCUCCGUCCUGUGUCCGGAUGGGCGGUCCCAGUGCCCUGAGGGCUCUACCUGCUGUGAGCUGCCCAGUGGAAAGUAUGGCUGCUGCCCGAUGCCCAACGCCAUCUGCUGCUCCGACCACCUGCACUGCUGUCCCCAGGACACUGUGUGUGACUUGAUCCAGAGUAAGUGCCUCUCUAAGGGCAGCGCCACGGACCUCCUCGCCAAGCUGUCUGCACGCAUAGUGGGGGACGUGAAGUGUGACCUUGAGGUCAGCUGUCCCGACGGCUACACCUGCUGCCGCCUUCAGUCAGGGGCCUGGGGCUGCUGCCCUUUCUCCCAGGCUGUGUGCUGUGAGGACCGCAUCCACUGCUGCCCGGAGGGGUUUAAGUGUGACACAGAGAAGGGUACCUGUGAACAGGGGACCCGCCAGGUGCCCUGGAUGGAAAAGGCCCUGGCCCACUUCCGCCUGCCAGGCCCACAGGCCGUGAAGAGGGAUGUCCCCUGUGACAACUUCACCAGCUGUCCCCCCUCCAACACCUGCUGCCGGCUGGAGUCUGGGGAGUGGGGCUGCUGUCCCGUCUCGGAGGGCGUGUGCUGCCCGGACCACCAGCACUGCUGCCCCCGGGGCUACACAUGCACAGCGCAGGGGCAGUGCCAGCAGGGGAGUGAGAGAGUGGCUGGACUGGAGAAGACGCCUGCCCAACAGGCUUCCCUGGCCCACCCUGGAGACAUCGGCUGUGACCAGCACACCAGCUGCCCGGUGGGGCAGACCUGCUGUCCCAGCCUGGGCGGGGGCUGGGCCUGCUGCCAGCUGCCCCAUGCCGUGUGUUGUGAGGACCGCCAGCACUGCUGCCCGGCCGGGUACACCUGUAACGUGAAGGCUCGGUCCUGUGAGAAGGACGUGGACUCCGCCCAGCCUGCCGCCCUCCUGGCCCUCGGCCCUGACGGGGGCGUGGGGGACGUGGCGUGUGGGGCCGGGCGCUACUGCCAUGACAACCAGACCUGCUGCCGGGACAGGAAAGGGGGCUGGGCCUGCUGUCCCUACCGCCAGGGCGUCUGCUGUGCCGAUCAGCGCCACUGCUGUCCCGCCGGCUUCCGCUGCGGGGCCAGGGGCACCAAGUGUUUGCACAGGGAGACCCUGCGCUGGGAUGCCCCUUCGAGGGACCCAAGACAGCUGCUGUGAGGGCGGACAGGACUGAAGACGCUCGCGGCUCUGGGGACCCUGCUCGGGGCGCCCUCUGCUCAGGCCGCCCGGCACCUCUCCCUAAUCCGGUUCUCCCUCCCAUCCUGAGUCUGACUUCCGGUCACCAGGGAGGCGGGGCCGCCGGCCAAGGCUUCCCCUACCGGAAGUGGGGACUGGCAGGAGUCACGUUCCAGGCUGCCAGCCCUUCCCCGUUCCUGGGCCGCGUGGCCGGUGCUCUUCCCUCCUGCGGGGGAGGUGCACGUGCCCCAAUAAAGUUUGUACACUUUCUUAA